AUGGGUGUGCAGCUGCUCUCUCGGUCCCUGCACUCGCAAAUCUUCAAGAACGUCUCCUUCCCUCCUCCCCCGCCCGCCUACAUCAACAUUGCACACGAACACCUCAACGCACACGGCCUGGACCCCGCACAAUCCUCCGUACUCCCCAAUACCUCCUUCACCCUCCCCCCUCUCCUCGGCAGCACCCUCGACCAGCACUUUCAUGCCAUGGGCGUUGAGGCUUCCGAACCCUACCUCUCCUUUGCAAAGCGCUUUGCGGAUACGGACAUCCCCCCGGCGCCUGAGCCGCACGAGUUCGAAGUGCGCAGCGGGUGGACAAAGUACCACUACUUGCCGGACGGGAUGUCGUACUCGGAGCACGUCGAGUACCCGGACGAGGAUAUGCUGGCGUUCGACGUGGAGACGCUCCCCAAGGUGCACCAGUACCCGAUCAUGGCGUGCGCGGCGUCGCCUACGGCGUUCUAUGCAUGGCUGUCACCCUGGCUGCUUGGGGAAACGGACGAUCCGGAGCACUUGGUGCCGUUGGGCGAUUCGUCCCGUGCGCGCGUCGUAGUGGGACAUAACGUCUCGUAUGACCGCGCGCGCAUCAAGGAGGAAUAUGAACUCGCGCAGAGCCGCACGCGCUUUCUCGAUACAAUGUCGCUGCACGUCGCCGUCAAGGGCAUGUCCUCUCAUCAGCGGCCUGCCUGGAUGAAGUACAAGAAGGAGAAAGAGGUGCUGCAGCGGCAGAAGGAAGAGGCUAUCCAGGCUAUCGAAGCAAUGCUCGUUCAGACGGAAUCGGAGGAAGAGCAGGAAAAGUUGCGCAAGCUUCUCGACACGCUGGAGAUGGACACUGCGCCAGCUCCAGCGGCUGCGUUUGCCGAGGACGCGGAGAUACUGACGAAGUCCUGGCAAGACGUAACCUCAGCAAACUCUUUACGCGACGUCGCAAAGCUGCAUUGCGGUAUUGAGGUGUCCAAGGAGAUCCGCGACGACUUCAUGACCUCAACCCGAGAGAGCAUCCUCGCCGACGUGACGGACUACCUGUCCUACUGCGCGAAGGACGUCGUGACUACUCAUGCCGUCUAUUGCAAAGUACUGCCUGGUUUUCUUGAAGCGUGCCCACAUCCGGUCAGCUUUGCAGGCAUCUUGACCAUGGGGAGCGCAUUCCUCACGGUUGAUGACGGUUGGAAGCGUUACAUCCAGAGCGCGGAGGGCAUCUUCAGGAAGAUGGAGGAUGGCGUGAAGCGCAAACUGCAUGACAUGGCUGAGAAUGCGAAGGGCCUCAUGGAGAGCGGUGCAUGGAAGGACGACGUAUGGCUAAGCCAACUUGACUGGGAACCCAAGAUCGCGGGGCCGAGUCGUGGGGUCAAUCCACCUGCGCCCAAGGAAACCGCGUCCACCUAUCCGACUUGGUAUGCGACCCUCUUAGCCGACCCUUUCGGGGCUAAGACGAUGCGCACCGUUGUCCCUUUCCUGCUUCAACUGUCCUGCUACGAUCAGCCUCUGCAGUACUCGGCUCGAGAUAGGUGGUACUAUCACCGCGACUUCACCGACGCGGAUGGAAAUCCCGCCAUCUCCCAACUGCCCACCGCUGAGGGUCUCAAGUCGUCCUACAACCUCUUGUCCAAGAAGCACGCUGGCGCAAUGCUUGAGAGCGGCGUCAUGACAGCCGGCCGAGGCAAGCCUCUAGCUAUGCGAGUAGCGGUGGGACCGCGCGACGACACUACGCGGGAGCAGCUGCUCCGGCUGGCAAGGCAGGUGCUCGAGCAGGACAACGACGUCGAGAGUGAUCCGUGGCUCAGGCAAUUGGACUGGUCGCCUGCGGUCAUGGAGAACGGAAAGGUCAAGGCCAAGUCGUCGAAGAAGGCCAAGGCUCCCCCAGUGCUCUGGCCGAAGUGGUACUGGGAGAUCACGAAGCCGAAGAAGGAUAUGCCGCCGGGGUCAAUGGACCUUACUGUGCGCAAUCGUCUGGCACCUCUGCUCUUUCGACUGUCUUGGCUUGGGCAUCCGCUCUUCCACUCCCGCGAGCACGGCUGGGUGUACCGCGUACCAACAUCGCAGCUCGAGAAGGAGGACGGCUCACGAAGGAAGAUGGUCAGCUUCUACGACCCCGCGGACGACACGCUUGCGCAGAUGGUCGCGCUGGGCGAGUACAAGUUCUUCAAACUGCCCCACAAGGACGGCGACAGCGCCAAUGUCGGCUCUCCGCUCAGCAAGACCUUCAUGAGCCAUGCCAGCAACGGCACGCUCAGCAGCCCGUUCAACGAGGCUAAGGAGGCGCUCGAGCUCAACGCAAUGUGCAGCUACUGGAUCUCGUCCCGCGACCGCAUCAUGAACCAGAUGGUCGUUUGGCAGGACCCAGCGCGCCAGCGGGACCUCGGCUUCCGCGAUGCGCGCCCAGGCAAGCAAUGGGGCGUCAUCGUGCCGCAGGUCAUUACGAUGGGCACCGUGACGCGGCGCGCGAUCGAGAAGACCUGGCUGACGGCGAGCAACGCGAAGAAGAACCGCGUGGGCUCGGAGCUGAAGGCCAUGGUGCGCGCGCCGCCCGGGUACGCGAUCGUAGGCGCGGACGUCGACUCGGAGGAGCUGUGGAUCUCGAGCUGCAUGGGGGAUGCGCAGUUUGGGAUUCAUGGCGCGACGGCGCUGGGGUGGAUGACGCUGGAGGGGACGAAGAGCGCAGGGACGGACUUGCACUCGAAGACGGCGAGCAUUCUGGGUAUCUCGCGCGACCAGGCGAAGGUGUUCAACUAUUCGCGGAUUUAUGGCGCGGGGAUGCGGCAUGCUGUCCUGCUGUUGAUGCAGUCGAACGCGAGCAUGAAGCACGAGGAGGCGCAGAAGCUCGCGGAGAACCUGUACGCGUCGACGAAAGGCAAGAACACGCACCGAACGGACCUCUUCGAGCGCAAGUUCUGGUUCGGCGGAUCGGAGAGUUAUGUGUUCAACAAGCUCGAAGCCAUCGCUUUGUCCGACAAGCCAGAGACCCCGGCGCUGGGCUGCGGUGUCACGCACGCAUUGGUCAAGGAGUACCUUCCUACAGGUUUUGGCUCCGACUACAUGCCCUCGCGCAUCAACUGGGUCGUGCAGAGCUCGGGCGUGGACUACUUGCACAUGCUCAUCGUGUCGAUGGACCAUCUUAUCCAGAAGUACGACAUCAAGGCGCGCUACCUGAUUUCCGUACACGACGAGCUGCGAUACCUGGUUGAGGAGAAGGACCGCUAUCGUGCCGCGCUUGCGCUCCAGAUCGCCAAUUGCUGGACGCGGUGCAUGUUUGCGUACAAACUCGGCAUGGACGACCUUCCGCAGGGCGUGGCGUUCUUCUCGGCUGUCGACGUUGACCAUGUACUUCGCAAGGAGGUCGACAUGCCUUGCGUGACGCCGUCGCAGCCGCAUCCCAUCCCUCCUGGCGAAAGCCUCAAUAUCACCAAGGUCUUGGAGAAGACCCACGGAGGCUCUCUUUGGCCCGACGGUCGCCCGAUGGAGAGGAUGGCAUCUGUCCACGCAGGGACCCUGGAAGGGUAUAAGGAGCCAAACUGCCUGACACAUCGCGCGCAGAAUGCGGCAUUCCUCCAAGCACAGGCUACAACCGAGUUCAACGAGAUCAAGCGGCUUGCGAAGGAGGUGUACGGGACGAAGUUUGAGGGUGGCAUUGGGGAGCAGCCGGGGACGGGGAAGCGGCGCGGGAGGAAGAAAAAGUCGGUUAUCGUCGGCUCGGGUGAUGGAGUGGACUGGAACGCAACAGUCGACCAGCUUAUGGAGCGGCAGAACGCGUUGGAUCAGAACGCUCCUUGGUAA